AUGGAUUCGAAGUUCAUUGCCAUCACACUUGAGUCAUACAUACGGGAAGACAUUUCAAGAACAAUAGCAACCCUGCGUAGUCUUCUGCAUGCGAAGCACGACCAUUGGGCAUCUCACUAUAAGGUUUGGGAUGCAAAACAUAAGGCGGUUGCGGCCAUCUACGGGGAUUUCGGUGAGUCAUAUGCAGAAUUGCCUCGGUUUCUGGCGGUGUUAAAAGAUGCAGAUCCAACCACAGUGACACAGUUGAAGUGCGACCACCGUGGUGUGCCAGGAACUUGCACAUUUAACUGUGCCUUUUGGGCUUUUGGUCUGUGUAUUAAAGGGUUCAGGCAUUGUAGGCCGGUAAUAAGCAUUGAUGCAACGCACCUCUAUGGCAAGUACAAGGGGAUGUUGUUGAUAGCAAUGGCAACGGAUGCUAACAAUGAGGUUUAUCCGCUCACAUUUGCCGUUGUUGAGAAUGAGAGCAAGGAGACAUGGGGAUGGUUCUUGGCAUGCCUGAAACGAUUUGUUACGGACCAGACCAAUCUUUGCAUCAUCUCUGACCGACAUUUGGGGAUAAAAGCCUGCUUUGAUGACACAACAAGUGCGAAUCAAAUUAGGAAGUUUGAAGCUAUACUGGAAUUAAUUCGCAAUGUCAAAUCGGCUGCACACAGGUACCUCGAAGCUGAAAACAAAGAAAAAUGGACACUUGCACAUGACAGAGGACGUCGAUACGGAGCAAUGACAACCAACCUAUCAGAGUGCUUUAAUGGAGUACUAAAAGGUGCACGCAGCUUGCCAAUAAUGGCAAUGGUGAGGUUCUCCUUUUUCAAAGUGAACUCGUACUUUGACACUCGUCGUAAUCUCACUCUAGAUCAGUUGGAAGCGGGUCAAGAAUGGUGCAAGUAUGCCAUGGACAAGUUUGAAAAAAAUCAAGCGAAGGCAAAGAACCAUAUGGUGACACGGAUGUGUGCACAAGCGCAGUUAUAUCAGGUUGACACACCGGGUAAUCCUCUAAGUAAUAGGGGCGGACAACACACGUAUAAGGUUGAUCUUCGGGGUAUGACAUGCAAAUGUGGGAAAUGGGAAGCGUACAAGAUCCCGUGUUCACACUCCACUGCUGGAGACGUUCAUGCUGAGGAGAGUCUUGUUGAUCCUACAACUGCUGUUGCUGACGAUGGUGACGAUGGGGUACAUGCUGACAGCGUAGCUGCAGAGCCCACUGUUCCUCCUCCUCUCUCUCUUCGUGCUAUGAUGGAGACAUUUAUGACAACUCAAGCAGCUCAUGGACAGCUUUUAGAUGGGCUUAUUGCUGGGGUUGCUACGUUGAGAGUGGAUUUUUCAGAGAAUAUGAGUGCUUUUCCACCUCCUCCACCCUCUGACUCUUGA